CUCUCUCUCUCUCUCUCUCUCUCUCUCUCUCUCUUUCUUUUCUUUUCUAUUUUUUCUUAUAUUUUUCUGUUGGGAUUAUGAAUAUUCUUCUCCUUUGUCUAUUGUAUUUAUCCCUAGUCCAUGCAUCAACACAUGUUACAAUAUCCAAUGAAACUUUUCACGACCGAGCGGCUUCAUUUGGUCCCAAAUUAUCCAGUAACGGAAAGAUUGGAUUUAUGAUUGAACCAGCACAAGACCCUACCGGAUGUAGCCUCGUUACCCCACCAAGUACAGACUGGAUAGCCCUUUUAUCAAGAGGGGGUUGCUCAUUUAUAACCAAGGUGAGAUAUAUGCAGAAAAGUGGUGCGAUAGCUGUAGUCAUUGGCGAUCCCAACAAUCCUGGUUGGAUUACAAUGUACUCUCCUGACGAUACAACAGACAUUAUGAUCCCAAGUGUAUUUUUAGCAAGAAACGAAUAUAGAAAACUGUUGCAUUUAUCGAAAUUAUUAAACACGCCUAUGGUAGCAAUAUUACAGCCGGAUGAAAAUGUCACUUGGCCAUUGAUUGAUGUUCUCAUUAUUGUCAUUGUUUCUCCCUGCCUCGUCUUAAUUUUAAUUUACGCCUCUUGGAAAGCCAGACAAAGCAUAUUACACAAAAGAGAAUUAGCACCUAUCUCCGUCGUGUCUAAACUCAACAUCAAAGUAUUCGAUCUACAGGAACAAAAGGAACACGAGGAACGGGAGAGCUGUGCAAUAUGUUUAGAGGAUUACGAAUCCGGUAAUGAGUUACGGCUCUUACCUUGUAACCAUUACUAUCAUUCUAUGUGUGUCGAUUUAUGGUUGACCACUAAAAAAAAAUGCUGCCCAAUCUGUAAAAUGGAUGUAACAAACACAGAGGUCACACCGUUACUCUUAGAGGCUGGUAUUUUUUAAAUUUGUAAAUGUUUAUUUUUCUUUUUAACCCUUUUGUACAUACAUCACA